AUGGCUAUGGAGGGGCCAAUCGACUGCCCGACAUCUGCCACCUCCGCCCUCGCCGAAUGCGGCCCUCCCAAUCCCGGCUCGCCGCGCAUCGUGUACGGCGUGCUGACGGGAUCGGCGAUGCACCAGACGCGCGUGCCGCACGUCCAGCAGACGUGGGCGCGCCGGAUCGGCCCGUCGUCGGCGAUAGCCUUCUUCAGUGACCGCGCCGACCCGAGCGUGCCGACGAUUGGCCUGCAGCCGUCGGAGGCGGAGGAGCUGCACGCGCUUGGGGCAUGGCGCAACCUGCCAGCGCUGCGCGUGCUUCACGACCGGCGGGAACACUUUGGCUGCUUUGACUGGGUCUUUUUUGUGGACGACGACUCAUUUGUCUUCCCACGCAACCUCGAGCGACGACUGGCGGCGGAGAAUCCGGCCGCGCCAGCCUACCUUGGCGUCCAGCACACGGCGAGGAAGGACCUCGAGUGGAAGGACGAGCGCGCGCGCAUCGGCUACGCGCACGGCGGCGCAGGGUACGUGCUGAGCUGGCCGGCGCUAUUGCGCAUGCGGCCGAGGAUCGACGGCUGCGAAGCCGAGUACACCGGCUGGGCAGGUGACAUGCGCGUGGGCAAGUGCCUCAGCCUGACACUCAACACGCAGAUCCCGGUGCGAGACUACCGCGGGCUGCACACGGAGCCGCCAGAGUACUUUGUGUGGGCUGGCGCCUCGCUGCUACGCGAGAGGCGCGGGCUGUGGUUCCACACCUCGGCGCAGGAGCACGCGCCCCUCUCCUUCCACCACCUCUCCGGCGAGCGGAUGCGGAGCCUCGCACACAGCCUCGUCGUCGCGUCACGCGGCGCCCGCGGCCGGGUGUGGGAGCACGACUUCUCGGAGCUUGGCUUCCGCGAGCACCGCUUCGCCGUCGGGGUCGGGAGCGAGGCCGCGGCGGGCGCGCGGGAGCUCGCAGAGGGCGGCGUUGAGGCAACCCCAGCCGGCAUGCGCCUCCUCUUUGGCUUUGCGAUUGAGGAGGCGCGUCCAG